CCGGACCGAAAGCGAAAGCGCGCUCGACCUCUCGUCGCUCGCUUGCUUGGGUCUGGCCCGGCCGACGACGGCAGCGGGACCGGAGUCUCGGCGUUUGCGGGCGUGGGCCCGCCGGGCGGCAUGGACGGGCCGCCGGCCGCCGCUGGCGGGGACGUCUCCCUGCACAACUUCAGCGCGAGGCUGUGGGAGCAGCUCGUCCACUUCCACGUCAUGCGGCUGACGGACUCGCUUUUCCUGUGGGUGGGGGCCACGCCUCACCUGCGCAACCUCGCGGUGGCCAUGUGCAAUCGCUACGAUUCCAUCCCCGUGUCUACCUCCCUCCUCGGAGACACUUCUGAUACGACCUCCUCUGGCCUUGCCCAGCGCUUAGCCAGGAAGACCAACAAACAAGUGUUUGUCAGCUAUAACCUUCAAAACACGGACAGUAACUUCGCAUUACUUGUAGAAAACAGGAUCAAGGAAGAAAUGGAGGCUUUUCCGGAAAAGUUCUAGGCAGAGUGGCAGAAGUGAGGAUUUGUAACUUAUGUACAAUGUACAUUUAAAUAAAUGGAUUGAAUUUCA